AUGCCUACCGACUCGUCCUUCCCAACGGUAGAAAUACCAAGUGUCGACCUUUGGGGAUUCAUAUUCGAGAGGAAAGAUCGCAACUUCUCGGACGACCAAGUUAUAUACCGCUCCUGCAAUGACUCUUCACGGAAAUACAGCUGGCGUGAGGUACGAGAAGCAGCCGAAGCAUUCGGCAAAGGGCUACGCAAUCAAUGGGAUUGGUCAAAGGGCGACACUUUAGCCAUAUACGCGCCAAACGAUGUUGAUUUCUCCCCAAUUAUCUACGGCACAUUCUACGCCGGCGGCAUAGUCACACCAGCCAACCCAGCAUACUCAGCAAACGAGCUAGAGUUCCAGCUUAAAAACUCAGAAGCCAAAGCUUUGGUCACCACGAAGAAGUUCCUCGCCAAUGCAGAGAAGGCGGCCAAGAAGGCCGGUAUCGACAGCGAUCGGAUUAUCUUGUUGGGCGAGGAGCGAGACGACUCCCACAGGUUCAAGCACUGGACAAACAUCAGAGCUACCAGCGGUGCUGUACGGUACCGAAGGCGGAAGAUGGACCCAGACAAGGACCUGGCUUUUCUAGCUUACAGCUCAGGAACGACUGGCCUGCCAAAGGGUGUCAUGCUCAGUCACCGAAACAUCAUCGCGGAUGUCCUUCUCAUCAACGGCGCGGUCGGCAAGUGGUACGAAGGUGGGAAGGAUAAGAUCCUGGGUGUCCUUCCUUUCUUCCACAUCUACGGACUGACGGGCCUCCUCCACCAACCACUCCACAGAGGCCUCGAAGUAAUCGUCAUGCCAGCAUUCGACCUCAAAGUCUUCCUCGAAGCAAUCCAAGAACACAAGAUCACCUUCAUCUACGUCGCACCACCAGUUAUCGUCCGCCUGGCCCGUGAUGAGCUCGUGUCCAAAUAUGACAUCAGCAGCGUCAAGAUGAUCACUUCAGGAGCGGCACCAUUGACCAAAGAGCUCGUCGACACUGUUCACAAACGAACGAAGAUAAAGAUCAACCAAGCCUACGGUCUCAGCGAGACCUCUCCAAUGACGCAUACUCAGCCAUGGGACGAGUGGUACAGCUCAGUUGGAUCUGUGGGCAAGAUGUUUCCUAACAUGCUUGCGAAGUAUAUGUCGGAAGAGGGUGAAGAGGUGCCUCCAAAUCAGCCUGGCGAGCUCUGGCUGUCUGGGCCCAAUGUAUUUAAAGGCUACUGGAAGAAUGAGAAAGCCACAAAAGACUCUAUGUCGCCAGAUGGAAAGUUUUUCAAGACGGGCGACGUUGGAUAUCAAGAUGCCAACAACAACUUUUAUAUCACUGAUCGUGUGAAGGAGCUGAUCAAGUACAAAGGCUUCCAAGUCGCACCCGCCGAGCUCGAAGGCAAACUAAUGGACCACGAAGGCGUCAACGACGUAGCCGUGAUCGGCGUCCAGGACGAAGAGAUGCACACCGAAGUUCCCAGAGCAUACAUCGUUCCGGCGAAGGGCAAAGACAGCGACAAAGAUGCGGAGGAGAUCGUCAAGUGGGUCAGUGAGCAGGUUGCAAGCCACAAGAGAUUGCGAGGUGGCGUCAGGUUCAUCGAGGAGAUUCCGAAGAGUGCAAGUGGGAAGAUACUGCGGAGAGUACUGAAAGAUAAGGCGAAGCAGGAAGACAAGGACAGUGGGAAGAAGGCGAAGUUGUGA